AAAUUCCAAAUCAAUACUCCAAUUAUUCUCUCGCCACGUCACCAUCGCUACCCCUCUCCCUCCCGAAUCUCCGGCCGCCCCUCGCCUCGCCUCGCCUCGCCUCGCCGCCGCAUCCGCUGCCCGCCGGCCACCGUAGCCGCAUCGACGCCGCGGCCGCGUCGCCGCCCCUCUCCCUACCUUCCUCCGCCCCUCGCGACAUCGCCCCUCCUCCCGCUAGGUCCGGCCGCUUCACCGGCUGGCCGUCCAUGGCUGCAGCGAUGGGCGCGGCGGUGGUCCGGCGGCUCCACGCGGCGCAGGCGCAGGCGCAGCCCCCGCGGCUGACGAAGCUCGCGCUUCGCGCGCCCAAAUUCGUAGAAGUUGAAUUUGAGGAUGGCAGCUCAUUCCAUCUGCCUGCUGAGUUUCUUAGAGUGUACAGCCCAGCAGCUGAUAGCAAAAUCAGAUCAGUAGCUGGUGAGAAGGUUAUAUUUGGGCGGCGACAUGUUGGAAUAAUGUCAGCUGAAUCAGUAGGAAAUUACGGAGUACGGAUAUUGUUUGAUGAUCUGCACAAGACAGGGAUCUUUACAUGGGAUUACUUGCACCACCUAGGUUCUAACAAGUUUGGUCUGAUGCGAAGCUAUAUCACAACUUUGAAAAAGCACGGCCUUACUCGGGAUCCUCAGAGAAGGAAAUGACGCUGGCAGUCAGUCUUUAUGUGAGUUCAUUUUGACGUACCAUGAAACCUCAUAGAAGAAAUGCUGCUUGGAGCCCUGGGAUUGAGCUUCCAGAUACCAAACGCAUAAUGCAUGAAGCUUGACAAGUAAAGUACUAAAUACAGUCACUCUAUGAAGAUUGGCACCAGAUAACAAUCUUGGAAGCCUGUUCUUUCACCUUGAAAUGAUGGCCUUUGUCGAAAUUUUGGCAUAUCUUCAGUUAUAUUAGAUGGAAAGAAUGACAUUUGUUGGUUUGAGGCUUAAGGGUGUGUUUGUUUUGUUCCGUAACAAAACUAAACAAAUUUGUGUAAUGCUAACCUGAGCAAGACCAAAAAUAGUUUAUGUGUGUGUUUUGACGAUGAACUUUUCUACCGAUAUUUGGUUAUGUAAUAGCCAAAUCUUGUUGGUGUUACUAGAUUUCUCAACAUUAUUGGUAGCACUGUUCCAAAACUGACAGUGAUGGCCCUUACGAA